CAACACCUAAUACAAUAUGGCGGCCAGUGUUGUGAUUGAUUGUGUGUGAGGCGGGUUAUCGCUGAAUAUCUCCAGUUCUGAGCACGUUUACUCCGCAAGACUUUCAUAAUGGACAGAGCUUUAGGGAAGAACUUGGAGUCACUUGCGGAGGAAGAUGAUGAAGAGGAGGAGGAAGAAGCCACAGGACGCUCAGAGGGAGCAGAGAGCGAAGUGGACUCGGACUCAGAGUCAGACUCAGAAGAUGAAGACGGAGACCCUGGUGCUGUACGAGGAGAACCUAACAAGUUUGAAGGGCUGUGUGACGGGGUGCUCAACGCCACAGCGCUAGUACAGGUGUCCCUGCUGGAGCUUUUGGAGUUGAAAGAUGAGCUUCUAGGCCACGCCCUCCCGCCAACACUCCUCGUCAAACUCGCCCUCACCACAGCCAAAGUCUUCCGCAGCAUCAGCGACAUGAACAUGCCCAUGAACGAGCUGGUACGCCUGGUGCGUGUGUACUCCACGCCGUGGGAGGAGAAGAGCGCUGCCCUCAAGAAGUUGCAUGAAGACUACGAGAGCAAACAACGGCAGCUCAACAUCGCCAUCAAGAGACUGCAGCUUGUCGAUGCUCAUUCCAAGAGAAUAGCCAAGGAGAAGCGCAUCAUGAACUGGGAGAAGCUCUUUUCAAAAGUCACAUCAACAAAAGGUCAUGGCCGCAGAUGGAAAUUCCUCAUCGAGACAAUCAAACAGAAGGCGAAGAUGGGUCUGGAGCAUGUGCAGGAGUACACGAAGGCCCUGGAGCAGGCUUCAGACUCGGAGGACGGGGAGGAGGAGGUUGUUGACACCACCAAGGCCACCGAGUCCUCACCAGAGGCCAUUGAUGUUGUCAGCGAGAAAACAGAGGACACCACGGAGAGCCGGGGAGAGAAGGAGGACGAAGAAGGAGAAGAAGAAGAAGAGGAGUCUGAGGCAGAGAGUGAAGACCCUGAGGAGGGAGCUGUGCCCACCGUCACCAUCAACCUGACGCAGGAGAGUGAGGAUGAAGAAUCAUCUGAUCAGCUCAGUCGUUCAACCUCACCAAAGAAAGUUCGGUUUGGUGAGACUGCACCGCCCCCUGUGGUGAAACCUCAGAUGCGAGACAUGAGCAUCGACACGGGAGAGCCAGAGUAUGACCUUUACCUUCAUGUGCGGAUGUUUGCUCCCGAGGACCUCAACCAUCAGGGUCUCAAGUGCUCGGUGACGUACAGAGAUCAGAUGUACAAGACUGGUGUUCUGGAUGAGGAGAAGGACAAGGAGCCAGAGCAGGUGGCUGAGAUGUCUAAGUCAGAAAAGAGACCCCCUGCAGCCAGUGGAGGCAGAACUAGCCCAGGUUCAAAAGCAGCGGUUGAAGAGGAUGGGUCAACGAACAAAAAGUACGAGGAGUUCAUGGUGAGACUACCAGAUGAGGUUCCCCGUGGGGUGCUAAUCACUGACAAGGCCAAGUCCGACACGCCCAACAAUGUGCAGAUAGCAGUCCAUCAUGGGCAGUUUGAGGAAAUGAUCGCCAUGGCAACUUUAGACCUUGAGGACUUAAAGGAACUGGACCUGCGGACAGUGUACCACCCCCCACCUAAAGGGGAUGACGACGUCCCCCGUAGCAGCGCAGGACGUGAGGACGACCUCCUGUCCUUGUCCGACUCCAUUGACUUGUCGUUUGGUGAUGACGAGUCCGAGCAUGGCACUCCCAAGCCUCGGGAGGACCCAGUGAAGGACGUUGACCCCCUGCCUUUCCCCCUGUAUUCCCUACAAGUCAGCGGUCGGUCUGAUGCUGUCCACAUGCCCGUCGGCAACCAGCCCCUCAUACUCUACUGGGGCAGGAAGAGGAGGCCGCCAGUCUUCAACAGACAAACAGGAACCCUUGGCAUCAAUGAGGUCGUGUUUGAGCUGACGGGGAUCGACCUGAACACAACCACGAAGGAAGACCUCCAUAAAGACAUGAGGGACCAGGCUCUGUCAGCAAUAGAGUUCACACCAGAGCCCCAGGAGGAAACCAUUGCCCUGACUGAGGUGGAAGAGCUGCAGAAGAAGCACACGGAGGAGAUGACGGGCAUGAAGGACUCGUAUGAAAAGCAGCUGAAGGCUCUGCUGGAGAACAUCUCGCAUCUGGAGGAAGAGCGGAAACUACUUCAGGAGCAGCAACAAAACAUGCGCCCCCUGUCGGCCCGCAGCAGAACUAGCACCUCUCCGCCACGCGCCAUGUCACGGGGAGCCAGCACACGACGGACUCCCGCUCACAGUCCAGACAAGGACAUGGCAGAAUCGGAGAAGGUGUCAGUUACCAUUCCCGUGUCUCCAGGCACCAAAUACAGACCAGCACCUCCUGCCACACACAAGCCAAGGAAGAACUUCCGCGUAGGUCGCCCUCUACCAAAGUGGGGAGAGGCUUUGCCACAAGACUUCUUGGAGCGACUUCGGUUGUACGAAGAGGAGAGUAAACAGCACAUGGCCGAGCUGAAUGAACGAACACUCCGCGACAUUCGUGACAACUUGGAGAAGAAGUUGGCUGGACAACAUCGACUCAGCAAACGAGAGGAAGCCAUGUAUGAUGCUCUGAAAGACGUCAGCCUGCCGGCGCUGUUUAUGCCAUUCCGGAGUGGGACAGUGUUCAACCCCCGGGCUCAUCAGUACUUCCACCCAACAGGUUCCACGGACCUUCGUCUGACUCAGCCGCCCUCCAUGUUCCAACUGCCGCCGCUCACCAAACACAAUCAGAAAUUGUCUGUGGUGAACCUGUUUGAGCUGAGCAGCAACUUUUCGUCAAGGAGUCCGAGUUGGUUUGUGGAGCGCUACAUCCAGCAACAACGGCCUGCCUCCAACGAAGCCUUCAACCCCUCAGCAACAACAUCCAACAAAGCUGCACCUAACUAUCUCACCCAGGACUCGCAGCUGUCAGACUCGGGGCUUGAUGCCCCUCCGCACAGUCCCCAGGGCAAUCCCAGCAUGCCAGAACAGGAAGUCGGGAGUUGAGGUUCAAUAACCAGCAAUAGGACAUUUCCAGGUUUUCACCGUUUGUCGGACCAGAUGGACGUACCUGUGAUAAUAAGCAAUUGAUACCACAUGCCUCCAUAUCUGUUGUACUACCUCUCUGGACAAAGAUACUCCUCAACAUUUGCUGCAGAGGAUUUGAUAACCGCUAAAGCUUCAUUAUUGUAUAUUCAAAUUAGUUUUAAAAUCGGCUUCAUGUUUUUGUAUAUCAAGAAAAGAGUGUAAGGUUCACCAUUUUAGGUCUCAUAAGCUUCCAUUGAAGGCAAGGCUAUGUUGAGGAAGGGUGGUUGUGCAGUCCACACAUACCAAUACAUACCCGCUGGACUGUCACAGUUGUUUUAUGGAGCCAAGGAGGAGUGUGUCCCUGAUGAACCUAUGGACAUGUUCAAAAACACGAACUCUUAGCAAAUGUUGAGUGGUAUUGUUAAUAUGAACUGUCAUAUUAAUCCUGCAACUCUUUUAGCCCCUAUUGUCAGUUUCCAGGGCUGAUGCUGCAUGAUGGGAUCAGUAUUCAAAGUCCAUUUUCUUCCCCUUUCACUCCUGCCAAAAUGUAAACCCAGUGCUUCACAUUGAGAGGAAUUGAGGUGUUGUUGGUUUGCUGAGUAACAUGGUUGUGCUGAUGAACUACUGAGUGGUGUUGGUGAGAACAUAGCCUAGAAUGUACCCAUUCAUGUAGUUACAAGUGAUAUGUUGGACCUUACUUAAAAGGCCCUGCUACUGUUCUGAGUUGUGUCCCUUAGUUGCCCCUCAACAGUAUUCCCAUGCAGAGUUGUGUCCCUUAUAAGCUCCUCGUCAGCAUACCGUGGCAGAGUUGUGUCCCUUAGUUGACCCUAAACAGUAUUCCCAUGCAGAGUUGUAUCCCUUAGUUGACCCUCAACAGUAUGCCCAUGCAGAGUUGUGUCCCUCAUAAGCUCCUCGUCAGCAUACCACGACAGAGUUGUGUCCCUAAGUUGACCCUAAACAGUUUUCCCAU